AUGGGAAAUACUCCACAAACGAGGAAAAGAGGUACUACCCGUAAGAAGACGGACGUCGUACCCGAACAUAAUGGUGAAGGAGGUAUGGAGAAUGGCGAAGGAGCGACUCGACGUCGUACAAAACUGCCCUCAGUACAGCAAAGGGUCACGUCCACAAAGUCUGAUAAGUCACGAGAAGUGUCGGGAAGAGCCCUCGCUACACCCGAACGUGCCAGUGACCGCUUGAAGCGAUUGAAACUUGGUGCACGCAUACCGAGCCAGCCCGAUAACAACGAUUUCGUUGAGGAUGUACCCCUGGCAGAUAUCACAGCAAAACAGCCUGUCACCCGUCGUACUACAAGAUUGUCUUUAGUACAUCAAAGUGGCACGUCCACAAAACACAAUAACACAGAAGAAGAUCCGACGUUGGAUAGAAUGCUCGAUUCGCCAGAACGUGUCGGUGGCUGUUUGAAUCAUUCGAAAGUUGGUGCACGCAUAACGGGCCAGUCUGAUAGUGAUGACGUCCUUGAUGAUGUACCUCUGGCAGAACUUGCAAAAAAACAGUGUGGUACUCGACAUCGCACGAGACUGCCCAUAGUACAGCAAGACGACAGGACCACGGAACAUGCUAACACACAAGACGCCCCAGUGUCAAAGGGAUCUCUUAACGAACCAGAACGCGUUGGUGACCUUCCGAAGCAUUCAAAAGUUGGUGAACGCAUAAUGUGCCAAACUGCUAGUGACAAUGACGUUGACGAUGUCCCUCUGUCAGAACUUGCAAAAAAGCGAUACGGUGCUCAACAUAGCGCAAGCCUUCCCUUAUUACAUCAAGUCUGCACGCCCAUGAAUCAUAAUAACAAACAAGACGACACAGGAUCAAAGAGACCUCUUAUUGAUCCAGAGCGUGUCGGUGACCACCCGAAGUCGAAGCGUCCGAAAUGUGGUGCACGCAAACCAAGCCAAAUUGAUAGCGAUGAUUUUGUUGAUGACGUGCCUCGACGCUGCCUACCAAAAAUCACAAAAAAACGGAAUGUUAAGGGUAAAAGUAAAAUGGCUGAUACCGAUAUUGUAGUCGAACAUGAUUUGUUCUAUGUAGACAAGGUUGUACUGUCUGUGCGAUCAGUCACACGAACAUUCCCGGUGUUUAGAUCAUGGAGCAACGAGGCGUUAAAAGCUAGAGAACACGACGAGAUUGAUGUGGGAGCUUUUGGUAGAGGUUUUGUGGAUGUAGACUUCCGUUUGUUUGCCGAUAGUCGCCGGCUGGAUAAAAGCGGACUAAAAUACGAUGGCGUAAGUGAUGUUACUGGUGUGACAGAUGGCCACUGUGUACAGCCGACUGUUGUGAUGCAAACAGAAGUUGAUGUGCAAAAAGUUGGGUUGUCUGACAAUACGACUGACAUGGCAGCGAUUGUUGAAGAUUCUGGACAGGAACCCGAUAAGUAUGUUACUACAGGUGAUUCAGACAGGUCACCGAGGCCGAAAAGAAGUACCAGGGUGACAAGUGCAGUCAAGUCUCCUUUUAUAGAGAGGACAAUUAACGUGACUAAGAAGCUCGAUGGGCACGAGAGAAUGAUCGCUAAUUGGACGCUGAAGAAGGAUGUCCAUGAUGAGUAUGUUUGUCUGUUUUCUUCUCAUUGA